UCCGGCUUGGUUGACGAGUAAUGCUGCACCGCUCAAUAAACUGGAUCAAAAGUCAGUCAGGCGAUCGGAGAUUUGUUUAAGAGGAUUAUUCAUAAUAAUAUUACUUGCAUCUGCGCACGAGUGUUGACUACGGUUUAGGAUUAAUGACGUACAGCACCAAAGCCAGUAACGUGCUUGACCCAGAGAUCACUGCUCCGGUAAAAUAGAACAAUGAAACAAUAAGGGCAGCAGUGUGGAGUAGUGGUUAGGGCUCUGGAUACUUGACCGGAGGGUCGUGGGUUCAAUCCCCGGUCGAGGACACUGCUGCUGUACCCUUGAGCAAGGGCCCUGUCUUGACGAUGCAGUUUUUCGGCCGGCUGGUGAACAACACCCUGUCAUCGGUGUCUAAUCUCUUCACAAACCCAUACCGGGUGAGGGAGGUACUACUUUCGGACUAUGCAGGGGGAACCUGUUCCCGGCUAGAGGAGGAGGGCAGGGUGGUGCUGUACAGAAACCCCUCGGCGCAGUCAUGGGACUGUCUGCUCCUGAAUCAGGACAGAACACAGACUAUUGCACUACGGUUAUUCCAGGUUGGUUCGGAAGUCGACGCCAGGAAUUGGUUCCCCCAGUAUUCUCUGAAGCUCCGCCCCUUCUACGAGAGCUCCCAACUACCUCUGCGCAUCGAGACUCUGCAGCAAAUCACAGACUGUCUGAGGAACCACCCUGAUUGGUCAGCAGCUCAUAUCGCUGUGGAAACCGGCUUGAGGGACUGCCUCAAACACAACUAUGUCCUGAGCCAGAUUAACAGUCGGGACGGGGUGGAGGGCUGCACCCCUCUUCACCUGGCCUGCAGGAAGGAGGACCCCCAGUGUGUGCGGGAGCUGCUGGAGGACUGCCAGGCCAAGCUGGACGUAGUGGACAAGAACGCGGAGACGCCCUUCCACUAUGCAGCACGGCAGGACAGCUUCCAGCUCAUGGAGCUCCUGUGUAAGCACUCCUCUGGGGGAGGGGUGAACAAGCUGAGCAGCAGUGGAGAGACAGCCCUGCACAUUGCCUGCCGUCUGGGAAAGACAGAGACCGUCCGGGCUGUCCUUCAGAGCGGGGCGCGCUGCGACAUCAUCGGAGGGCAGGGCUACCCCAUCCACACCGCCCUCAAGUACUCUGAGAAGAGCUGUGUGGAGGCAAUACUGGAUUCUGACCCUAACCAGCUUUGCUCUGAAGAUCCCCGCUACGGAGGGACCCCCUUGCACUGGACAAAGACCCAAGAGCUGUGCCGCUUGCUGAUUGCGAGGGGAUGCAAUGUGAACUACCUGAGCCAGAGUGGAGAGACGCCGCUGCACAUCAUGGUGAGGAGGAAGAGGUUUGGCGCGGCCAUGGUCCUGCUGACCCACGGAGCGCAGAGCAACGCCAAGGGAGAGAACGGAGACACCCCCCUGCACCUCGCCAUGAAGUUGGAUCACAUGGAGCUGAUCAAGGCUCUCAUCGUGUUCGGAGCAGACGUGGAGAUCCCCAAUGACUUCGGGGAGACCCCCGGCCUGAUCGCAGCUCGAACCAGCAAAGGUUCGAACAGGAAGGUGUUGCUGAGCCUGCUGUAUAGCGUAGGUGCUGAGCGCUGUCACCCUCCUGCCCCCGACACCCCCACACGACUCCCCUCUCCUCCGCAGAGACCGCCGCCUCCACAUCUAGGGUUCGAUGACCUCAUCCAUGUUGCUGCGGCCCUGGGCGCCCUGACGAAAGGGGUGGUGGAAGUGGACGGCGUCCGAGCAGCCAACAGGAAGUUUGACCGCUUGCUGUGUCUGGACGGAGGGGGAAUCAAGGGCCUCGUUCUCAUUCAGCUGCUUAUUGCCCUCGAGAAGGCGGCUGGGCGGCCAAUCAGAGAUCUCUUUGACUGGGUCUCGGGCACCAGCACUGGCGGGAUCCUGGCCCUGGCUGUUGUACAUGGCAAGUCGAUGGAGUACCUGCGCUGCCUGUAUUUCCGGAUGAAGGACGAGGUGUUUAAAGGGUCCCGUCCGUACGAGUCGGCCCCCCUGGAAGAGUUCCUCAAGAGAGAGUUCGGGGAGAACACCAAGAUGACCGACGUCCGAUACCCAAAGGUGAUGGUGACGGGUACACUGGCAGACAGGCACCCUGCAGAGCUGCACCUCUUCAGGAACUACGACGCCCCUGAGACCGGCCAGGACCCCCCCUACAAGAGGAGCGCCGACUUCCAGCCCCUCACCAAACCUCAGGAGAACGAGGAGGUUAUCUUUAUGAGGUACACGCACAGAGCUACCAAGCGUAGGAAAGUGAGCGAUGAAGACCAGCUGGUGUGGAGAGCAGCUCGCUGUAGUGGGGCUGCGCCUUCUUAUUUUCGACCAAUGGGACGCUUCCUGGACGGGGGUCUGCUGGCCAACAACCCCACGUUGGACGCCAUGACAGAAAUCCACGAGUACAACAGGGCUCUGAAACACAAGGGUCGGGGGUCCGAGGCUCUGCGUCUGGGGGUGGUGGUCUCUCUGGGCACGGGGAAGCCCCCUCAGGUGGCUGUGAACUCCGUCGAUGUCUUCCGGCCCUCCAACCCCUUCGAACUCGCCAAGACCUUCGUGGGAGCCAAGGAGCUGGGCCGCAUGCUGGUGGACUGUUGCACAGACUCGGAUGGGAGAGCAGUUGAUCGAGCGAGGGCCUGGUGUGAAAUGACAGAUAUCUCCUACUUCAGGCUGAGCCCCCAGUUCUCAUCGGAGGUGCUGCUGGAUGAAAUUGAAGACGCUAUCCUCGUGAACAUGCUCUGGGAGACGCAGAUCUACGUGUAUGAGCAGCGGGAGCAGAUUCAGCACCUGGCUCGCUGGCUUCUCGACGCAAACUGCAGUGGAUCAGCUCCUCUGUAACAUGCUUCUGGAACCAGAGAGUUGUUCAAGACCACCCAGCACUGCUGUGCAGGGUGCUGGGGUCCGAUCAUAAAGCUUGCUUUACGAGGCUGUUUUAAAUAGAAUAGGUUACAAAAAGUCAAAUGCAGUUCUGGUGGUUUUAAAGUAUUUCGCCUUUUAAAUUAACCUAGGAAGUGCAAGUGUAACAGACUACCUGAAAGUAUAGCCUGUGAACCGAUUCUUUAACCCCAGUGCGUUGCCGGGUCCUGAAAAUACAUGAUUGCUAGAACGUGUAUUUCUUUCAAAACUGCACAAAACUGUAUAGCAAAGUGCGUGAGCGGAGCUUGAACACCUUUACAAAAUGCUAAUGUUGUAUUCAAACCAAAACUGACUAUUGUGGCUGCUGCAUUAUAAGGAGAGAUGAGACAAUAAACGUGCACCCCUGCCUGUAAAGGUUUACCCUACACAAACUCAGAACACAGUGUAAUUCCUGUACUGGGAGUUCCAGCAGUUGCUGGUAAGCUGCUGACCAGCAGCAUGAGAAUUGCUCCACAUAUUAAACAGUUUCUUAAUGGUUACUUAGGAUGUCGGAAACCCCAGGAUGCAGCAAUAUUCUAUGAAGUGUUGACAUAACUUCCUCCUCCUCAGACCUGUUGCCAAGGACGACGGUUCUAAACCAGAUGGGCCUUGAGUAGAUGUGCCCUGCCUUUUUCUUUGUCUCAUGUGAAGGUUAAAUAAAGCUUCACUCGCAAGUUGUUGUGAUAAACACUCAACAGUGCUGACAUUGGCAAUACUAGAAGAAACGUAAUAAAUUCAGUGCCAAACGUUUCAAUCAGAAGUCUUUCUCAGUGUCUUUGUGACAGUGUUACAGUAAAGUGACCUACAUUUCUUUCUUGAAGCAGCAUUCCCACUUCUUGGACCAGCCUGGCCAGUUAAACAGCCCAACUCCCAGCUCUAUCUAGUAUUGACCAGAGCAUGUUGUUGCUGGAGCUUCCAGUGCAGUUCUGUACCUGCGUGUUCACUCUGUGGCUGUCCAGGAAAGGAUGUAACUGAUGCAUGCUUCCCAGGGAUUCAAUUAUAGGAAGGGUGCCUUUUAUCCAUUUCGUUGCUAUGGCGAGAGGUCUUGUCAUUUUACCUAAUACAUGAAGAUGACGUGGGAGGGAGCCGUUCAGUCUCCAUGCCUCAGUCUGCCCUGGACUGGAGGGAGCCCCCUUUCUCUUAGAUGGGCUAACAGGGUGGUUCCACUCUAUGCCCAGUUUACAAUUAGGUGAAUAUUGUGUUUUUUGUUUGGGAUUGCUGUUUUUAAUCGAUUAAAAACCUGACUUGAAGAUUUUUUUUCUUUUUACUGGUUCUGUUUCUAUGAAGAUAAUGGAAGAUUUGCACUGUUUAAAACUGCCUUCAUUUAGCAUAGCAAAGAGCAGGUCCUUGUCUAUACUGGCCUUUAACCACAAGAUGGCGCUGUUCCUUCAUAACAAAUACAUAAAAUAAACACAGUGCAAUACAGUGCUAUAUUGUUUGCUCUUGUUUUCAGUUUGUACAGGUUUUUAUUGGAAAAUUCACAGGUUUAUCAGAAGUUAUGAUUUCAGUUUUCACAAUUUCUUUUCACCCAAAAUCUGGCAGAAGCAUUAGAAAAUACCUGUUUAUACCAAGAAAAUGACGCUUAAAAGUUUAAGCAGAAUGUUUGCAUUAGGGGUUAAUGUGUAUUAAUAAAUCCCCAGCAGCUGACUAUUUAGAAACUGUACAAAAACUGAAAAAAAUAACAUUUACAAACUUUCCUGUUGGAUGGAUGGAUAUCUGUGUGUGUGUAUCUCAAAUAUGAUCUAUUAAAUUACUAAAUUCUUACAUUGAUAUCGAUUAUAUAUAUGCAUAUAUGCACUGUAUUAUUAUUUACAAAUCAAACAUAAUGAAGUUAUUGUACUUACAUGCUGAAGUUUAUGUUGUUGCUGUUUUGAAGUGAAGUCAAUUAAAAGUAUUGUUUAGAAAAGCA